AUGCUGGAGAAGGUCACCGACUCCUGGCACGACGGGCGCUGGGCAGGGGGGGAGGCAGCCGGGCUGUCCCUAAAUGACAGCGUGGCCAAUAGGGGGGCUCGGAACGAGCCGGCGGCUGAGCAGACCCCCGGGGCCGGCCAAGGCACCGUCCCGCCUCCCCUGGAAGCGUUUCGGUGUCGCUUGCGAGCCGCGGCGGACGGGUCUGCCGGGCUGUUUUCGAGCUCAGAGCGAUUCCACGAGGAGGAGCCGCAGCCCCACCCGCACACACUUGACACCCCCCUCGGGCACACCGGCCCCUUCCCCGCCAGAACAAAGGCGCGGCAAGCGACACACCGGGCGAUCGGCCCGCGCUCCGACAGGCAGGGGCCAACCGGGCGGCGGGCACGGGGCUGCCCCGGAGAGCCGGGCGAGUCCCCUCGGAGGGGCCGGGCCGCGGCCGCCGCCCGAGGGGAGGGGGGCCCGGCGGUGCCGGCCGCGGGAAGCUGGCACACGGGCCGCCUUUGUUCCGGGCAGGGCGAGCGGCGGCGGCCCCGGGCGGGGAGCGGGGCGGCCGCCCGGCCCAGCCGCCUUUCGCCGCCCGCCGCCGCCGCCGCGCCGCCACCGGGCGAGGACGCGGCCCGCAAGGCCGCCGCUGGCCCCUUCUACCUGCUGCGGGAGCUGCCAGGCACCACGGAGCUGACGGGCAGCACCAACCUCAUCACGCACUACAACCUGGAGCACGCCUACAACAAGUUCUGCGGGAAGAAGGUGAAGGAGAAGCUCAGCAACUUCCUCCCCGACCUGCCCGGCAUGAUCGACCUGCCCGGCUCCCACGACAGCAGCAGCCUGCGCUCGCUCAUCGAGAAGCCGCCCAUCUGCGGCAGCUCCUUCACGCCCCUCACGGGGGCCAUGCUGACCGGGUUCCGCCUGCACGCCGGCCCGCUGCCCGAGCAGUGCCGGCUGAUGCACAUCCAGCCCCCCAAGAAGAAGAACAAGCACAAGCACAAGCAGAGCCGCACACAGGACCCCGUCCCCCCAGAAACCCCCUCAGACUCCGACCACAAGAAGAAAAAGAAGAAAAAAGAGGAGGAUCCGGAGCGGAAGAGGAAGAAGAAAGAGAAGAAGAAAAAGAAGAACCGGCACAGCCCGGAGCACCCGGGCGUGGGCAGCUCCCAGGCCAGCAGCAGCUUACGGUGAGACCACCCCAGCACCACCCCGGGGACCCCCUGGUCGAUGGCCACGGCUGACCCUGGGCAGGGGCACUGGGCUGGUCUGUCCACCCCCCUGGCAGAGAGGACACCCCCACAGCCCCCUGGGACCAGAGGCACAGACUCUGCGGGUGCCGACCUCGGGCUUUUGUACCAAAAGACCCCGGAGCAUCGGGGCCUGUUUUUUAGUUACCUCUGAACUAAAGUCUCUGCUCUGGGGAGGGGCUGCGGCUGCUGCGACCCUCGGCUGUCACGGCAUGGGAAGCAGCCCUGAGCAAGGGGUCCCUGGAGUGUGCGCGGUCAGCACCACCCUGAGCUCCUGCCCCGGCUCUCAGCCUGGCUCCUACCUUGGCUUUGGCCCUGUCCUGCUCUGGCCCUCACCUCCCAGGCCUGCUGAGGACAGGGGGGACUCCUGGAGAGGCACCGUGUCCCUGUGCGGAGGUUGCAGCUGCCGCAGGCACUGGGAUCUCCAGCAGCAGUCACAGAGACACCACAGCCCUCCUCCGGAUCUCGAGCCUCAUCAGCACCUGCCACACCUUCCCUGGAGCAGCUUUCCCCAUGCCUGGAAAAUCCUUACCUUCUGUGGGAGCAGUUUGCCCAAAAGCAGCCCGAGGAGGUGCCUCCCCAAAAUGCAGCUGGGCUUGGCUAUCCCCAGGCCUCCUUCCCUCUCUCCCCCUCAGGAUGGGGAAGGCUGAGACCCCAAGGAACAGGAGCUCCUCCAUCCCUGGACGCCAAACAAAGCACACGCACGGCCCCAGGGUGGCUCAUUAAAUAUCCUUUUAUUCCUUGUUUUUAAAAUGGCUGAUAAUAAUAAAAAACCCUGGCGUGGCUCUGCGGGGCCACGGGAGCUGUUGCCGUAGA